AGUGCAAACAGUGUGAGCGGUUUAACAUGGCUGCUGUGCUCAGGAGUUCCGAAGUUCAACCAAUACUUAUAUAUUGAGUGUAUACAGUAAGCUGCUUUAGAUAUAUAGUUAAAAGUACAUUACUAUCACAUAUAGGAGCUCGGAUAGUUUCUCUACAACUGUUCUUAUGAGCCGAAUCUGGAUUUACCUGUUUUCUGCGCUGUGCGCGCUGGUCUUGUCAGGUGACAGUGAAUGUACAUUUUAAUGGCAAGUUUAGGGUGUAUAUCAGGUGGAGGGAAUGGAGGUGUAUACAUCUUCAGAGUUGGAGGCAGUCAAUGGGACAAAUGUAUGUCUCAAAUGUACAUUUAAAUCUACCCAUCCACUCUCCGAAGAAAAAAUCUCUGUAUCCUGGAGCUUUCAGCCACUAGGAAAGACAGCAGCAGAAUCGAUUUUUCACUACCAGGGAAGUGCAUAUCCCGCACCAAAAGGCCUGUUUAAGGAUCAUGCUGUAUGGUCUGGUGAUGUAAUGAAAGGUGACGCAUCCAUCACGCUGCAGGAUGUGCAGUUCAGCUUUAAUGGUACCUACAGCUGCCAAGUCCGCAAUCCACCCGACAUCCAGGGCUUUGCAGGCGAGAUCAGCCUCAGAGUUGUUCAAAAAGUUUCAUUCUCUGAAAUUGGAAUUCUGGCUAUAGCUGUGGGUGGAUCCAUUGGCAUCGUUCUCCUCAUCCUCAUCAUCUAUAUCAUUGUGCGGGUAUUCCGGAGACAGGACAAUGACAUGGAUGUUGAGAUGGAGGACCACACAUCAAAGGAUCAAGUGUUGUGAGAGGGAACACCUGACUCUGGCUUUUAGUGAGGAGUUAAACAUGUAAUAAUAACAUAUGCCACAGUAUUCUCUAACUGUAUGAAAUAACACAAUAUCAAGAUGUCAGAUCUUACUUUUUACUAAUGAUAAUUUUACAGAGACUUUUUAGUAAUCAUUUACAUUUUUUUUUUUUU